CACAAACCCCAACUGACUCCCCAACAUGCUUUCCCCAUUCCUGCAUCUUCUGCAGCAACUCUGACAUCACCAGUGGCAGAAGCCAAUAAGAAGAGACCCCUCUCUUCUCUUCCUUUCCCUGGAAGAGAGUACUGCUGGAGCUGAGCAGUCAGGCCAAGUGAGCUGUCAUCCAUGCUCAGCCUCUGUGGCUGAUGCAGCCGAGUGCGCUCAGUUGCUAGGGACCCAGUAGGUUUGGGAACAGCCAACACACCAGCUAGUUCCCAUGCAGGGAAUGGGGACCUUCCGGCUGGGGAGAAGGACUGUGAUGUACACUGUGGAAACCAUCCCUAAAGGGAAGAAUCGAGUCCUGGGGACCAUCCAGAUCAUGACUGGCUUCAUACACAUUAGCUUUGGGAUCAUUCUCAGCACCUUGACCAGUGUAUAUACCUCAUUCUUUGUGUCUGGAGAGAUCCCCUUCUUGGGAGGAGCAUCUUUCAUUGUUUCUGGAUGCCUGUCCAUUGGUGCUGAGAAGAGCCCGACAGAAUGUGCUGUGAAGGGCUCUCAAGCCAUGAAUAUCAUCAGUGCUAUAUUUGCAUUACUUGGAAUAUUGGCUUUUAUAGUAGAUCUGAGCAUAAAUGGGCCAUUUCAUUCUGACGACAGUCAUCAGUAUUCCCUAGUGAUGACUGGCAACAGGAUCGCCAUUGUAUUGUUGACAUUCACCAUUGUGGAAUUUUGCAUCGCAUCUGCCACUGCAUAUUUUUGGUGCCGAGCAACCCGCUCUGACUCCAAUGAGGCCAUAUUGAUUGAACCAAAUGCCAUCAGGACGGAUACAGAGACUCCUUCUGUAAUAGAAUCAUCAACAAGCUAUCCACCAAAUUCCAAUGAUGUAACUUAUGAUUCAAAAGUAGAGACUGUGUAGAAGACUCAAGAGGAGGAAUCUGUAUGGAGAAAUCACACCAGCUGCACCUCUUUUGAGGUGUAAAAGCUGGCCCUUUCCUGCAUGACAGAGUUCCUUCAGUUACUGCCAGUAUUCUAGCCGCCAGACCAGUGAGGUCAAAGAGACUCUCUCUUCUUUCUCCAGUACAGUCUUGGUUUCAGGCUGGGACUAAGAAGCAUGUGGCUUGAUCUGCUCUGCCUCGAACUAAGAGGUAACCGUGGACUCCAUUUUGCAUAGGCUGUGUAUGGCACUAGCCAUGUGUCAGGCACAUGGAAUAUGAAAAAUGUCAAAAUAUGUUUGAAGAUAGUCUUGGUCUAGUGUUGAAGUGGUCACAAGAUAACUGGGGACCCAAAAGACAACAUGGAACAGAAGCACACCCAAAUAUAGGCAAAACAUUAGUGCCUCUUUUCUACCUUUGGAUGGCUGUAUGACUGACCCUGGGAUGAGAGGAAAGAGAGAUCAGUCUGUGGGGUUGGUUUGGAUGGCAAGUGUCCAGUGCUGUAGCUGGUUGUUAAAGACUUCUGACUGAAUCUGAGUCUCCUGAGAAUUAGCCAACAUAAGGGACUACCUUAGCCCCAAUACUUGUAGUCUUAUGCUUCCAUAUGGGAGCAUGGGUUUGAUGCAGAAAGCUGCAUUUGGCAUUAAUUUGACACGCACAGCAAAGCUGAUUGGGUUUACAAAGCUUGUCAGCAAUGCUGCAUGUUCUCGAGCACUGUUGACUACUGCUCUCACUACAACUAUUUAUAUUUCAAUUUACUGUACAUAUAUGUCCAUUCAGACAUGCCCUGCCCUGGGAAAUGCUCUGCUAAUUUGUUCUCUGGAAGGCUCAUCCCUUUGUGAUGGCUAUAUAGCUUGCAAAUAUGGUGAGCUAAAAACAACACUUUGUACCUCUACUUCUCAAUAGCCUGCUGGGUUAUAAGUAGGCAGUCUCUCUGAGGCAAAAAAAGAGAUAACACCCAUUUUACAUUCCACAUUAGUGAAUCCUAUUGCAUCUUUAAUCAUUCUGGAAUUAUACACUGCCAUCUAAUACUCAGAGAUAUUGUAAGAAAUAGCAUCUCUCUCUCUCUCUCUCUCUCUCUCUUUUUAAAAAGUUGAUAACAGAAAAUUUUUGGUGACAGAAUUACUUGGUUCUCUUGAUGGACCCUUUGUGUUUCCUCGCACCAUUCAAACUCGGCAAAGACACUGAGGCAAGCCCAGGAAUAAGAGGUGACACAAGCCUUCAUAUGACAGAGCUCUGCUUCGAGGGUUGAGUCUACACCGAUGAAAUGACGCAUCCUUACCUCGAUGUGUUGGAAUGCAUGCUGUUCCUCUUUUUCCACCAUGAAAACAUUUUUUUUAUGCCUGAGGGAUUUAAGCUUAUUUUAAAAAAACCUCCAGUUUACUCCACUGUUUGGGGGAGGGGAACGUUUUUUAAAUUGUGUGUUUUACCCUCCGAAUUUGAAGCUGGGGUGAAUUGAGGGUAGCGGGAUGGUGAGACCAGCUUGGAUGGUGGUGGGUGGGUGGUAUGGAGUCACCACAGAUGUGUCACCUGGGCUCUUUCUCACUUUUGAAGGGCUGGAAAAGACUCAGCAUCCUCCUCUCCCCCUCUUUUUUCACCUUUGCUCUGGACAUUUGUGAAGAUUUAAAGCUUUGAUCUUUGAAUAUCUGUUUGCCUUUAGAUGUCCUUUUGAGUACAGUGAUGGAAGUCUCAGGGGGCAAGCACUAUAGAAAACUUUCCUGGGAGUAAGCACUAUUGCAUUUAGUAGGACUUGCUUCUGGGUAGAUCUGUAAAAACCUGCACCAUAUGUUAUCAAUCCUAGACCUGCUUCUCUGGGAAUUAAAUUUAGAAAAUGAGGCUGUGCAAACUAGAUGGGGCAGAGGCAACACAUGUAUAGGCUGAGAUAACUGCCUAGGUAUGAACCCAAUCCAAUGGGACUGUAGGUGAGUGGUCAGAAUGAUGGAAAAUAAAGAAAGGCUAUUUGACUAUGUGAAUAUGUGCAUGCAUGGCAGGAACCCCCUCCACCAGCAGCCUUUCUGGUCAUGUGGCCAGACAUAAAUUGAUAUGGGGAACAAAUGCACAUAGAAGAAACACCAUCUUGCAUGAAUGUGGCUACAUAACCCUGUGUGGGUUUCCAAACUGUUGUUUGGAUUAAAACAGGUGUGGCAGUAAAGGGGCCAUAUUGGGGUAGUAUACUAUGCAGUGGAGCUGAGAUACAGGCCUCAGGUAGAUUCAGCCUAGAAGGGGUUGGACUUUGCUGGUUUAAAACAGUUGGACUUUGCUACUUUAAAACAGUCUUCUCCCAACUCAGGUGUCUCCAUUAGCCUAACCCAGCACCAGCACUGAUCAGUAAUGGUAGGAGGUACAGUCUAAUAAGAUAAGGAGGAACUGGUUGCAGCAUAGUCCAAUUCUCCUGCUUGAGCACUGCUGAAAUGAAUGGGAGUUAUAUUCAAACAUUUAGUGCAAAUUCUAUUCAUUUCAAUGGAGCUUAGGACAGAGAACAUCCUGGUAGAUCAUGCCCUUGGUCUCCAAAAGUUUUGGUUGAGUUUUGUUUUUGCCUGCACAACAUGUAAGUAGAAGUUGGCAUUUUUGAGAUUUUUUAUUGUUGUUAAGGAACUGGGAAUGGCUAAAUUGGGAUCAAUUCCCUUGGCUUUUGAGCAUCUUGGUUAAUGUUUAUUCAGAGCAUGUUUUCAUGAGAAAUUUCUACUGUUUAAUGCCUGUCUGUGAAACAGGAAUAUCUAAUCUUCAGUGAUCUCACAGAGGUCCGAUUCUUGUAGUUGUUUAUUUAAUCCUAGACAAGGUAAGGGUUUAGAUUCUGCAGGUGAUUCACUCUUUCUAAGUUUGAUCUUGCUUUUCAUGGACAUGAUUUUUUAAAAUAAAAUAAAAUAUGUACUUGAA